AUGUUCAAAUCGUUGGUUCUCAGCUUGGCUCUGCUCGCUUGUGCACACAAUGCGCUUGCAGGAUUUCUCGGUGGCUAUGGCUUGGGCCACGACUAUGGUCACUAUGGAGGACAUGGACUCUACGCCGGCUACGGCGGCUAUGGCCACUAUGGUGGUUAUGGUGGUUAUGGCCACUAUGAUCACGGCUAUGCGGCACCCAUCAUUACCAAGACGAUCGCAGCAGCGCCGGUGAUUACGAAAAUUCAGGCCGCACCCAUCAUCACGAAAACCAUAGCGGCGCCAAUUGUGACAAAGACCAUCGCCGCCGCGCCUAUAUCAAUUGGACACGGCUAUGGCUACGGGCAUGGUUAUGGCUACGGACAUGGCUAUGGUUUGGGACAUGGCUUGUAUGGUGGUCAUGGAUACUACGGAGGGCAUGGAUACUAUGGAGGACAUGGUUAUGGCUAUGGACAUGGCUGGUAA